AUGUCAGACCCCUUACUAGACUUGUUACUUAACCAAGACAAGACCACAGGUGGCGAUUCAGCACAAUCACAGCCACAGGCAAGGACAUCAACCUCAACACUUGGCAAAUAUCUGUCUCGUCUUCUGUCUCUUCGCCCAUCAGAUCUCACGACAACCGAACCUCAAUCUCUGGAACAGUCAUCGCACAGCAACACCCUAGCAUUACAAGCUCUGUCAUCACGUUCACAUCGCUCUACAACCGCGUCUUCCGAUCAACUGUCUACUCUACAGGAGUCUCUACCAGCCUUGACACGGGUAGUGGCCGAAGUCAAGAACAGCGUUCCACAACUAGACAAGAGCACAAGCACCUUCGCAGAGACAUACAGCAAAGCUCGCCCUACGACAUCCAGCAGCAACGAUGGAUCGAGCAAUGUCCUCAGCGCACGCAAGGACAGCAUGCUCUUAUCGCGUCAAGCACCGCAACUUCAGGAUAUACUAGAACUCCCAGUGUUACUGAGUACAGCCAUUGCCUCUGCGGCGUCGUCGCCGUCUGGAAGUGCGAAUUACAGUCAGGCACUGGAUUUGUAUGCUCAUAUCAAGCGGUUGGCGAUACUGUAUCCGGAUUCGAAGUUAGUGGCGGAUGUGCAGGUCAAAGCUGAAGAAGCGUUGAAGGAAAUGACGUCUAAUUUGCUGAGGGGUUUGAAAGCGCAGAAUAUUCGAUUGGCAGCCGCGAUAAGGACUGUUGGCUGGUUGAGGAGGGUUGUGCCUGAGCUUGGGAGGAAUAGUAUUGUCGAACACGGUGCGAAGGCAAGAUCUGCUACAUCCGGGAUAAGCAGUACACCUUCCUACACUAUAGGAGGUCAAGAUGAACAGUCCGAGGGAAAUUUCGGGGCCUUGUUCUUGGCUUGUAGGCUGAGCACGUUUCUAUCCUUGACAGAAGAUGCACUCGCACCUCUACGGGAUCUGGCUGACCAGGAGACGGAGAAGAGAUUACAAAACCAGCAGAGUGAAACGGGCACAAACAGAGGAAGCGGCGCCCCUCCUCAACCCAUUCGCAGAGCCUCAGCACACAGCACGUCAAUACAAGGACAACAGACUGAAAGAUACCUGAAACGAUACAUUGAGAUCUUUCGAGAACAGUCAUUCUCCACCAUUCAGAUGUACAGGAACAUCUUCCCUGCCUCAGCGACUGGUAGCACUGCCGCCCAGGCAGAGGACGAUAUCCUCAAACUGCCCUCAGCACUAGCCUCGUUCCCACUACAUCUAGUCAACUUACUCAUGGAAACGCUGCAGAAAUACCUUCCCAACGUCACAGAUUCGGCAGCUAGAGAGUCGUUGCUGAUACAGGUUCUUUACGCGGCUAACAGUUUGGGCAGGCUGGGCGCGGACUUUAGCAUGAUGAUUUCACUUCUUGACUUGCCACCAACGACGACAGAGUCGAUAUCUGAGCAAUCUGGAGAUGGGGAGCCAGAACCUGAGUGGUAUAGGAUUAUCAAGAAGCAUAAAGUGCAAGCAGCCAGGCUGGAUGCGCUGGCGUCUGGGCAAGAGAGACGAGCGUCGCAGGAUGUAGCUGUGCGGUAG